GCCGCGGCGAGCUGGUGUGCUGGGCGCUGUGUGCCGGCGGCGCGGCGGACGCCAGGCAGAGCUGGAUGGCCGUGUCUGCAGACGCCAAGAAGGCGGGGACCGAGGCGCUGCGGGGCGGGGGUGCCGACGUCACAGACGACGACGUCGCCGAGCUCGUCCUGAAGGUGAGGUCGACGCUGAACGCAGGGCGAGCCCCCCGUUCCAAGCGGGACGAGGCACGGCGCCUGGAGGCGGCGCUGGACCCGGUGGCCGUCCGCCUGGCGUCGGGGAACCCCGAGGUGCCAGGCUCCGAGAUGGCCGAGGCCCUCUGGGGGUUCACAGAGGCCGCCACUGUCGCCACGCAGACGGAGGGUCGGAUCAGACGAGUGGCGGCCGACGCCGAUGGCUGGGAGACGAUCGCGGAUCGGAUCUGGGCCCGAGCGGUGGGGGCCGACGGGAACUCGCUGCCCGUCGACUGGGUGCUGCACCUUGGCAUAGGUCUCCUCCUGUCGAGCCUGGCGGUGGUGCUGGGGGCCGAUUCAGUGCGACACCGCCUGGCAGGCGGGGCUGUGGGGCUGGUCGGGACCUUCCUGCUGGUACGGCGGGUGCCCGAGCGGGUGGUCGCCUGGUGGACACGCUGUCGGCGGCGGUUACGGACAAUAUCGCCUCAGGCGCGGGAGAGCUUCGGCGGGAUGGUGACGGCCCUGGGGACCGCCGCCGCCGGAGGUUGGAAGGUCACGUCGCCGUGGGACAUCCAACCAGGCCGCGUUGAGCAAGCUGCCCGCAGCGCUGGCGCGGGUACCGCUGCGGCGAAGCCUGGCGCGCAGGACCUGUCGGCGCUGCGGGCGUUCGCCCAGGGGUGCGAGGUGCCGGGCCCCUUCAGCCAGACCGCGGCCAUGCAGCAGCAGCAGCAGCAGCAGCAGCAGCAGCCACAGCCGACACCAGAGGUGGCCGUCCCAGCAUCGGGGCUCAGCUUCCACGUGCCCCACUCUCCUGCAGAUGCGGUGAAGCUAGGACGGGAGGUGGAGAUAGUGGGCGCCACGCUGCGCGAGUUCCAGGCGCAGGCGGCCAUCAACGAGGACUGGGCCUGGCACUUCUGGGAGAGGAUCGCGGCCGUGGAUGGCUCCAGGGGGCUGCACCCUGACCUACGACGAGUGCUGCAGACUCACGGCUACGUGGGAGCGGGGACGACGUCCCCGCCAGGAGAGUCGUUGCAGCAGGAGCUGGACGCGCUGCUCGCCUCCCCUACGGCGCCUCACGGCGGGGGCAUGCACGCCUCCCCUGGGUGGGCCGUGGCCCCGCAGACCCAGCAGCAUCAGGAGGACAGCCGAUGGAACCUGAGCCUCCCGCCGGAGCUGCGGCGCGCGGCGCCGGAGAUCUACCGCACCAUGCGGGGCGCGGGGGCGGCCAGCGCGCGGGACUGGCUGUCGCAGGAGGUGACGGGCCAGCGACACACGGCGGUCUGGACCGACCUGUGGACUGCCGCCACCAACGUGGACUACUUGUUGGGCGGGUGCGCGAACCAGUCCGAGCUGCUCACCCGUUUGGCGUCCGACGAUGCGCUGGAGCUGCACCUGAGGCGGCUGGCUAGCUACGUCUACGAGAUGCGGACGAAGGACAAGGUUGGGGGGGCGGCCAUGUUGGCUGUCCGCCCGCCCGGGUCAGCCGCCGACUUGGCUCCGACAUGGCUGGUGACCGAGGCCACGACCCACAGCCAGGCGGAGCACCAGCGCGACGAGAGGGCCCAUGCCGCCAUCAAGCACGACGGUGCCCCGCCGCCGCGGGUGCAGCCUAGAAUGCCAGUGACGGGUCUGUCAGGCUCGCUGACGCGGGCCCUGCAGUGGAAGGAGGCCGAGGCCAGACCAACGGGCCAGCGCGAGACGAGCGAUAACGAGAUGAUGCUGGCCUGGCAGCUCGUGCAGCAGUAUGCGUUACAGGACGCAGCGCGGUACGAGCGCGACUGCCGGGGGCUUGCCCCGACAGGCGGUCAAGGGACGGAUCCUGCCUGCGACAGAGGACCGCAGGACGCCUACACUGGAGAGCGCAAGGGUGUGAGCAAGCACGUGAUGAUGUGCGCAGCGGCGGUGGUAGAACCUCCGGACGACAUGGUCGUGGACCUGCUGGAGGCGCUGCCCGACGGCGAGCGCCAGUACUAUUCGGACGAGCAGAACGUCCUGGACUACAGCGGCAAGGCGCUGCUGGGCGUGGGCGCACGCUUGGGGGUGCUCGCGGGCGCCGCGGCUCCCGCCGACGGCGCGGCCUGCUGUGCGCCACGCACCUCGCCGCCCGAGGACGGGGGGCUGGAGGCUGGCAGCCGCGGGGAUGCCGAGCCUGAGGACACUCAGCAGCACCGCUACGACGACGACUGGCUAGGGCAGCAGCGCAGCUGCCGGGCUGCGCCGCCUAGCCCGAGGGGCUACAGCGUGGCGGAGUGGCUGGAAACAGUGAGGCGGGCGAAGAGGGAUGACGAGCGCGUGAUGGUGGUGAUGCAUCUCUUCGCUGGCCGUCGGCGGCGUGGUGACGCGCAGGAGGUGGGAGAGAGGCUGGCGAAGGAGCGGAGCUUGAGGGUGCUCUUCCUUUCCGCCGAUCUCCUGGACGACCCGCGGUGGGACCUGGCCAACCCCUCCACGUUCUCCGCCUUGAUGGAGCUGUGCGAGGGCGGCUGGGUGGACAUCGUACUGGGCGGUCCGCCCUGUUCAACCUGGUCGCGGGCACGCUACAAUCGUCGCCGACCUGGGCCGCCGCCGGUGCGAUCGCGGCGGUGCCCCUGGGGGCUGCCAGGCCUCAGGGACUGGGAGGCCGCCAGAGUCGCGGAGAGUAACACCUUGACGCUGAACUUGUUGGCGCUCUGCGAGGCGUGCGGCCAGAGUGGCGGCGCCUUCCUCAUCGAGCACCCGGAGGACCCAGGGCAUGCGCCCUACCCAUCCAUUUGGAACACGACUGAGAUGCUGGAUUUCGAGACGAGGCGCUCGUCGCGGAGAGCGCGCUUGGACCAAUGCAUGCUGGGCGGACGGACGAAGAAGCCCACGUGUCUGAGCGGCGCGCUGCAGGGGCUGGAGGACCUGAACGAGCGGCGGUGUGACGGGCCCCAUGCCCACGAGACGGCCGAGGGCAAGCUGGCCGACGGCACCUUCCGCGCGAGCCCGCUGGCCCAGUACCCCGAGGGGAUGUGCGAAACGCUGGGCACCUUGAUAGUUCAGACCCUGGCCAUCUUCGAGCAGACCGGCUUGGGCGGCACCGGGCGGCGAAGGCCGCCGGAGGCCGACAGGUCGGUCACCGCCUGGAGCUCGCGGAGCACUACGACGCCAGCGGUAGCCGUGCGGAACGAGGAUGUGCUUCGCGGUCGUGGGCUGGUGCUGGACGGGCCGCAGAUGGCCUUCUACCUGCACGUCGACGACGGGGUGGCGAUGGCCGGUGGCAUCGGCUGUGGCCCACGGGCCUCUGGGAAGAUGCACCAGCUGGCGGAUGCCCUGGCCGAGGCCGGCUUCGUGGUCACCGACCGCACGGAGGCCAGCGACAUGCAGAAGGUGCUGGGCUACGCACCACAGGCGCGUCCGGCGCAGCUACGCUUGCCCCCGAAGAGGGCGCGAGAGCUGGUGCAGCAGCUGGAGGCGAUGGGCGCCACCCGCUCCCUCCACACCGAGGAGCUUCGAUCGCUCUUGGGGGUGUGGAUCUGGGGCGCACUACUUCGGAGGGAGCUGCUCUGCAUACCCAGUGCCGUCUUCAGGCUCCUGGAGAGGCACCCGCACCAGAGGGUGUGCACCUGGGCGACCGUCCGCAGGGAGCUGCGGGCUAUGGCUCGAGUAGUCCCGCCGAUGUACGCCGACCUGGGAGCCCCGCCAGCCCCCGUGUAUUUCGCGGCGGACGCCAUGGGCGCCAACGUGGAGGACGACGGCGGUUGGGGCAUCCUGGCGACAGACAUGAGCGAGGACAUCGCGAAGGACUUCAUCGACACGGGCGGCAACUUGGGCUACACCGUGGCGCGACUGGACGGCGAGCUUACUGGAUUGCGGCGUCCCGAGCAGGUCAUCCGUCGGACGAAGCCCUUCAGCCUCCUCCCCGACCGAGUGUUCAAGCCCGACGAGGACUGGACGAUCGUAGGAGCGGGGAGGUGGCGGGCGGCCGACCACAUCACGCUGGGCGAGGGGCGCUGCGUCGUGAAGAUCAGCAGACGGGCGGCCGCCACUCCGGCUCUACACCGCACCGUGCUGCCGAUCCUGGAGGACAACCAGCCAGUCUCGGGCGCGGUAUGCAAGGGGAGGUCCCCGGCGCACAUGUUGAACCACCUGUUGCGUCAGAAGACCGCAGCAGGGAUGGCAUCUCGUACGAAGAUUCUGAUUCCAUGGGUGGAGACGCUCAGGCAGCCUGCUGAUAAGAUAUCGAGGAAGCUGGAGAGCACUUCUGUUGAGAAGGUAGAGCCGCGCACCCUGGCAGCCUACAGGGCGGCGGCUAUGAAGUUCGUGACCUACCUGGACGAGCACGGUUUUGUCCCCGACGGGCCCGAGCAGUGGGACGACCUGCUUGUCGAAUACAAGAACGACAUGCAGAUGACCAAGUGCAAUUUCGAGUACGCUGUCGCGGCAAUGGAGUUUGUCUUCCCACGCCUGAGGAGGAAGCUGACUUGGCCCCACUCGGUGAUUGACGCAUGGCGAGUGUCGGCCGAGGUGAAGCACGCGCCGCCGCUCGGCCGCGCGCCGGCCAACCUGGCCGCUAUCUAUUUCUCCUGCUGGGGCGUGCCGCGGCUGGGGGUAGGCUUGCUACUACAGGUGGACCGCGGCCUGCGCCCGUCGGAGAUGCUUCAGCUCAGAGCAAAAGACAUAUCAUUGCCAUCGUCGAGAGGGGGACCUGAUUUGCAGUCAAAUUGGGUUAUCAACUUGGGAGCCAAGUCGGGGACAAAGGCCAAAAGGAUGCAGUUCGCCAUUAUUCUGGAGCAGGGCGGAGUACUGGAGAACCUCUUGCACCGAGUAGUCUUGGGAACGCCGCCCGAGGGGCUCCUCUUUCCUUACUCGCUUGUCGACUACAGACAUCGGCUCAAGCAGUUUGAAGCAGCCCUGGGCCUCGACAUUCACUGGACGCCACACUCGGCGCGCGCAGGUUUCGCCAGCGAUUCCGUGGCUCGUGGCGCCCCCUUCCAGGACAUCAAGGAGGCAGGACGGUGGCUCACCGAGUCCAGCCUCCGCAUCUACGUGGACGUCGUCACCGCCUCCCGGGUCCUGGCACAGGCUGAGCAGCGAGGAUUCGCACCGCUCAUCCGCGAGGCGGCCGAGAAGCUGCCCCACUACUUCCCGGAGGGCAUCUUCGGCGAGGGGGAGGGCCUCCAGCAUGCCGCCAGCGGGUUGGCGCAAGGGCCAGGACGGCGCCUGGGUGCUGCCGACAGAGGGAGUCCCUCCAGCGCCGCUGGCGGGGGGCCGCCGGCCCAGCCGCCUGCGCCAGCACUGGGCGCCCUGGUGGAUGGGCUGCUGGCGGGUCCGCAGCAGCCGGGGGAUGCAGCGGCGGGCGCGGGCGCGGCCGAGGCCGAGGCGCCAGCGCCGGCGGCCCCAGGCGUGGCGGCACUGAGGCCCCCGCAGCCGCCGGUGGCGCAGCCGCUGGCAGCGGGCGCGGCCGCGGGGCAAAGGCGCGCGCGCUGGAGCAGCUGGUCGCUGUUGCGCGCGGCCUGGCUCAUCGCAAGGUGGUGCGGACGCUCGACUACUCGAGGAGUGACGUGGGCGGCGGUCGCCGCGAUGCUGAUCGGGUGGAGCUACAUGGCCGGGCCGCUCACCCACCUCGGGACCAUGAUGGGUGUCGUGGCCAGCGUAUCAGUCUCGGCUGGCAAGGUGGUCGACAGCAGCCUCGGGGCAGUCAUCGCGGCAGCACAGGGCGUGUCCGACUUCGCCGUGACGUCGUCCCGCAGCUCGGCGAGCCUCCUGCAGGAAGCCUGGCGGGGGGUCGACAUUACCAACCUGCACGUCCGCCAGCGCCACGCCGAGCGGCUAGCGGACGACCCCGAGAUCCUGCAAGCCUGGAUCGAGCGCGAGUUCCUGACAGGCGAGCCUCGCCCGCCAGGAGCCGAGCAGGUCACCGCCGCGAUCUCUGAAGCUUCGGUGAACAUACCUCACAUGUCAGAGAGAUGGCAGAUGAUGAUCUGGCCAAGUCAAUGCCGCGAGCUGCACAUGACACUUGACCUGCUGCCGUCCGGGUUCUACGGAGUCCACAUGGUCGAGCGGAUCGUGAACUUCAAGGUUCAGUGGAGCAACCCAGUCUGGAGCAGCCUCGACUGCGACCUCAGCUCAGAGCGAGAUACAGUCGUGGCGCACAUAAGCUCCACCCUGGAGGGGCUCCCACUGCCCGUGAUACGCUACAUGUCCAUGACUGAUCGUGAAAUUCAAGUUGCCAGGCUCCCAGGGGCCUGCAUCAACAUUGCCCGUAGGCUACUUCGUGCUGUAUAUAUGGCAGUUAAGAGUGUGUUGCAGCUCGUUUUGUUCGGAGUCUAG